GAUUAUGGCGGAGUUUGGUGCACACGGCAUGCUGGGUUGUGUGGGCAGUAUUACGCAUGUUGGGAUUGCGCAGCCUAGCAUUGAUUUCCACGAGGAUUACUUUUGCCACCGCAAGGGCAAAUACACCAUCAACACACAGGCAGUCUGCGAUUUCCAGGGUUACUUUUACGACGUGUCCACUCCGUGGAUCAUGCGCACGGAGCUACCAGUUGCAGAGCUACUAAGCACGUUCAUUGGUCAGUUGACAAGUGAAUGGCGUGCAGAAUGCCUAGCGGAUGACCCGCGCUCCUUCCCUGAAGCGGAAGGACGUAGGCACCUGGCGUAAAAAUGUGUCGUUACUUGCAGUGGAUGGGGCUCCCUUACACGGACGCCCUAGUAAGCGAAGGCAAGCUCGCGCAUAUGAAGGAGUUUGUGGCGUAUAAGCACGCGUAAGUGCACUCAUGCGGUUCAGGUUAGGGUGUUGGGAUGUAGAGGCAAAUAGGCCAAUGCGCAACGGAGUGCGGCGCUUGCGGACCCAAAGGCGGUGCCGAGUGUGCCGUGGCGAGUGUGUAGAGGACGAGAGGCACUUGCUCAAAUGUGGAGCUUACACAGAGCUAAGAGUGGCAUACGGAAUCAAUAGUAAUUGUGUGAAGGAAGUCAUGCUUGGCACAGAGGUUAGAAAAUUAGCCGCGUUCCUGUACUCAGUGCAGACUCUGCGUGCUAGCAUUCUGCGGGGUGAUUGAGCGGACUGAACCUGUUUUGUUCUGCUAUUUGCGCCUCCGGACUCAAAUACUUAGUGGGGCCGCAUGGACUACGACGCCAUGUACCGAGAUCUUUUGGUUACACAGGCUCUGUAGCCCAGCUAUCUACAUAUAGCUUAGUGCGCAAAGCAAUAACGUUGAUGUCAUUGGGGCGCGAAAUCAUGCACAGUUC